AUGGCGGCGGGCCUGUCGCCGCUGGUAGCAGAGGACAACCUGCGCUGGGAGCUGUGUGAGUGGCCCCAAAGCCUGCCAAAGGUGCCAUCGGCCAAGAUGCGGCUUGCAGGAGCACGUAUUCCUGAGACGAGGGGCUCUGAUCACCUGCAGCAGCUGCCCGGCUUCCCUCGCAGAGUUGGCAGUUUGUUGAAGGGGCCGCACACCCUUGGUAGCCGCACGUCUUCGCUUCCAACCUUGCCACGGCUGUCUCCAGCGAAAGCCGAUGACCCGGCGAGGACGCGUGCGGAUGCUCCGAAGGUUCGGUUUGACAGCCGCAUGGAUGAGGAAUUCCUCAUACCUUGCAGGCCACACUCGUGA